GCCUGCUGCUCUUGCCCACAGUUUCUCUGGAGGGAAGAGCUGUGGAGGCUCUGGGGGUGUGAGAAACCUUUUAACCUUAGGAUCACUGGUUUGAAGAACUGCUGGAACACAAAAGUGGAAUAAACUUGUUGGGACCCUUGGUGGAUGGAAAGAGAGCAGCUUCCUUACUGUAAAGCUGCUGGAAAAAAAGUUUUUGGAUUUUUUUUUUCACCUUAACGAGUCUCUGAAGCUGCAUAAUCAUGCAGACUGAAGAAAUAGAGGAAGAGUAUGAUGAGUUUGAGGAAGAGCUUAUAGAGUAUUUUGAGGAGGGUCCAACGCAGACCAUUACGCAAACAUGGGUUUCAGAGGAGAAGACAGGGGAACUCCCUACAAGAAAGGUGAGGAAGAGGGUGAAGGUGGACACCUCCAAGUUUAUGACUCCCUACCUGGCCCACAGCAAGAAGAUGAUGGACCUCUUCAGCCAUAACAAGUACCGCGAGACCUAUGACAAGACCAAAGGCCAGCCCUAUGAAAUCACGUCUGACACCCCUGAGAUGAUCAGGAUUAAGAAGGCGCAGGAGCAGCUGAGUGAGGUGAAAUAUCGCAUAGAUGGUUUGAGAUCUCAGAAGGAGUGCAACUACGAUGGCGAGGCCAGAGAAAUUGUUCACGCAAAGCAUGUCAAUGACCUGGUCAGCAAGGUUCUGUACAAGCAAAACUGGGAAGAGACUAAGGACAGGUACCUGCUCCCCCCAGAUGCCCCAGAGCUGGUCCUGGCAGUGAAGAAUGCUGCCAACUACAGCAAGAAACUGUACACGGAGUCAUGGGACGAGGAUAAGACCAUGUACUACCCCUACAGCGACAGCCCUGAGCUCCGCCGUGUGGCAAAGGCCCAGGAGAUCAUCAGUGAUAUACAGUAUAAGAAAGGUCACGACGAGCGAAAGGCCAAGUACACUUCACUGGCUGACCCUCCAGAUGUGGAACUGGCCAAAAAAGUGUUCACCCAGCGCAGUGAUCUGAAGUACCAUGAGGACUAUAACAAGCACGUUAAAGGCCAGUGGUGUGAGACGCCGUACUUUGAUGUGGCUGUCGGAAAAAUGGCGAUGGACAACCUCAGCAAUAAAAAAUACACGGCGGACUUUGAAGAGUUCAAAGACCAGAUUUACUUCAUGCAGACGGAAACUCCAGAGUACAGCACACACAAGAAGGCUGGCUGCAAUGCCAGCACAGUCAAUUACAAGAAGGCUUAUGAGGACACCAAAGCUGAUGCUGAUUACAACGUCCUCCCAGCCACAGAAAACCCCCUUCUGAGACAGAUGAGAUACGCCGGCACUAUUCUGAGUGAUAAAGUUUAUAAGGAUAACUAUGAGAAAACAAGAGGUUCCAGUAUCAACUACUGUGAUACCCCCAAGUUCAAAAUGGACAGCGUGUUAAAGAACUUCAAUGAUUUACAUUAUAAAGACAAGUAUGAUCGUGAGAUAAAGGGACAUUAUAUUGGCAGCUAUGAGGAUGUCUACAUGCUACACUGUCAGAAGAUGGAGGAGCUCAAGAGUGAGAAAAAUUAUAAAGCUGAUUAUGAAGACAUGAAGACAAAAUGCUACUUUCCUCAAACAUUAAGUCCUGAAUAUGAAGCCAUAAAGAAGUUAGGAGAGUGUAACGAUAAGCUUUAUAAGACGCACCCAGACACGGUCAAGUUCACCCAAGUCACAGACUCUCCAGUCCAGGUCCAGGCUGCCAUUAACGCCAAACAGCUUAGUGAUCUCAAUUACAAGCAAGACUAUGAAAAGCAAAAAAUUAAGUACUCCUUGCCUCCUGAUUUCCCCUUCUUUGUUCAGUCCAGAGUCAACGCCUACAAUCUAAGUGAUAAAUGUUAUAAGGAUGACUGGGAGAAAGUAAAAGCCAAGAAAUUUGAGGUGAAGUUCGAUGCAAUUCCAAUCCUGGCGGCUCGUGCCCACACCAACAUUGCCAGCGAUGUAAAGUAUAAGAAGGAGUAUGAGAAAGCCAAAGGCCACAUGGUUGGCGCUCUCAGUAUUGAGGAUGACCCUAAGAUCAUGCACUCCGUCCACGUGGCCAAAAUGCAGAGCGAUCGUGAGUAUAAGAAGGACUAUGAGAAAUCCAAGACUAAGUUCAACACCCCACUGGACAUGAUGCUGGUCACUCUGGCCAAGAAGUCUCAGGGCAUCGCCAGCAACAUGGGAUACAAGCAACUCCACCACCGCUACUUCCUGCCCCACGACAGUGUGUCGCUGGACCUCGCCAAAAAAGCCAACAUUCUGCAGAGUGAGAAUCAAUACAGGUCUGACUACAACAACUUCACCAAAGGCACCCCCUGGAUUCCCUACGGUUCCAUGGACGUGGAGAAAGCCAAGAAGGCUGCUGAGGUCCUUAGUGAGAGGAACUACAGACAGCACCCUGACACCAUCCCCUUUACUGCCAUAGAAGACAACCCUGUGAUGGUCCAGGCCCAAGUCAACCAGAUCCAAAGGAGUGAUCUGCAUUAUAAGAAAGGGCUGGAAGCUGUCCAUCAGAAAUACUCUCUGCCCGCUGAUGUUCCAGAGCUGCUCCAAGCCAAGGUCAACGCUUACAACAUCAGCCAGACUAACUACAAGUAUGCCUGGCAGAAAGACAUUGCUAAGGGAUAUGACAUGAGGAACGAUGCUAUUCCUAUCAUCGCUGCAAAAGCAGCGCGUCAUGCAGCUAGUGAUGUUCAGUACAAGAAAGAAUUUAUGAAAAACAGAGGCCAUCACGUGGGCUUCCGAAGCCUGCAGGACGACCCCUUGCUGGUGAACUACAUGCACGUGGCCCAGAUGCAGAGUGAUAGGAACUACACAAAGGACUAUCACCAGGCCAAGUUGAAGUACCACACUCCUGUGGACAUGCUCAGUGUCGUCCAGGCCAAACAGGCCUCUGCUGUGACCACCAACACUGGCUACAAACAGCUCCGUCACCAUUACACUAUGCUGCCUGACGCCAUGCCCCUGCAGCUGGCUCGUAAUAUGAGCAACAUCGCCAGUGAUUACAACUACAAAUCAGAUUACGAGGGGUCUGUGAAGGGAAUCGGUUGGGUUCCCAUUGGCUCUUUGGAUGUGGAGAAGGCCAAGACCGCAGGACUGGCGCUGGACGAGAAGAAGUACCGUCAACAUCCCAGCACCCUCAAGUUCACCAGCCCACUGGACUCGAUGAACAUGGCUUUGGCCGCAGCCAACAGCAAGCAGCUGAACGAGAGAGACUACAGAGCCAGUGGAGAGAAGGUCAAACAUACCUAUCACCUCCCUCCAGACACACCAGAGCUUCUCCAGGCCAAGUAUAAUGCUGCCAACAUCAGCCAGACUUAUUACAAGUAUAAUUUCAAAAAGGAUCUGCUCAAAGGUCAUCACCUGAAAGAAGAUGCUAUUCCUAUUCUUGCUGCUAAGUCUUCCAGAGACAUUGCCAGUGAUUACAGGUACAAGUUAGGCUACAUGAAAUCCAGGGGUAAACACGUGGGCUUCCGUAGCCUGCAGGACGACCCCUUGCUGGUGCACUACAUGCACGUGGCUAAGAUGCAGAGUGAAAGGAACUACACAAAGGACUAUCACCAGGCCAAGCUGAAGUACCACACUCCUGUAGACAUGCUCAGUGUCGUCCAGGCCAAACAGGCCUCUGCUGUGACCACCAACACCGGCUACAGACAGAUCCGUCACCAUUACACUAUGCUGCCUGACGCCAUGCCCCUGCAGCUGGCUCGUAACAUGAACAACAUCGCCAGUGAUUACAACUACAAAUCAGAUUACGAGGGGUCUGUGAAGGGAAUCGGUUGGGUUCCCAUUGGCUCUUUGGAUGUGGAGAAGGCCAAGACCGCGGGACAGGUGCUGGACGAGAAGAAGUACCGUCAGCAUCCGAGCACCCUCAAGUUCACCAGCCCGCUGGACUCUAUGGACAUGACGUUAGCCAUAACCAACAGAAAGCAGCUGGACAAUAUUGCAUACAAGGCCUCUGGGGAGAAGGUCAAGCACACCUACAACCUGCCUGCUGAUGCUCCUGAGUUUCUCCAAGCCAGAUACAAUGCUGCAAAUUACAGCCCGUCUGUCUACAAGUAUGCCUGGAAGAAACACAUCGCCAAGGGAUAUGACAUGAGACCAGAUGCUAUUCCCAUUGUUGCUGCUAAGCUGGGACGACACAUCGCCAGCAACUAUCAAUACAAGAAAGAAUAUGAGAAAUCCAGGGGUAAACACGUGGGCUUCCGAAGCCUGCAGGAUGACCCCUUGCUGGUGAACUACAUGCACGUGGCCCAGAUGCAGAGUGAUAGGAACUACAAGAAAGACUAUCACCAGGCCAAGCUGAAGUACCACACUCCUGUGGACAUGCUCAGUAUCGUACAGGCCAAACAGACCUCUGCUGUGACCACCAACACCGGCUACAGACAGAUCCGUCACCAUUACACUCUGCUGCCUGACGCCAUGCCCCUGCAGCUGGCUCGUAACAUGAACAACAUCGCCAGUGACUAUGAAUACAAGAGUGAUUACAACAGCUCUAUGCGAGGAAUUGGCUGGGUGCCCAUUGGUUCACUGGGAGUGGAGACUGCAAGGAUCGGUGGAGAGAUACAGAGUGACGCGAGGUACCGCACUCAUCCCUCCAAGUUCAAGGCCACAAAACUGAUGGACUCCAUGGAUAUAGUUCUUGCCACUGCCAACAAUCAGAUCAUGAAUCAGAAAGCAUACACGGACGCUUGGAAUAAAGAUAAGCUCAAAGUCCACAUCAUGCCAGACAGUCCUGAGAUCGCCCUGGCAAAAGCUAACGCAGUCAACGUCAGCGAAAAACUCUACAAAGCCAGUAUGGGGGAAUUAGCCAAGAAAGGUUAUAACCUCAAACCAGAUGCCAUCUCAAUUACAGCAGCAAAGGCCUCCAGGAAUAUUGCCAGUGAUUACAGGUACAAGUCAGCCUACAUGCAAUCCAGGGGUAAACACGUGGGCUUCCGUAGCCUGCAGGACGACCCCUUGCUGGUGCACUACAUGCACGUGGCCAAGAUACAAAGCGACAGGAACUACACAAAGGACUAUCACCAGGCCAAGCUGAAGUAUCACACUCCUGUAGACAUGCUCAGUGUCGUACAGGCCAAGCAGACCUCUGCUGUGACCACCAACACCGGCUACAGACAGAUCCGUCACCAUUACACUCUGCUGCCUGACGCCAUGCCCCUGCAGCUGGCUCGUAACAUGAACAACAUCGCCAGUGACUAUGAAUACAAGAGUGAUUACAACAGCUCUAUGCGAGGAAUUGGCUGGGUGCCCAUUGGUUCACUGGGAGUGGAGACUGCAAGGAUCGGUGGAGAGAUACAGAGUGACGCGAGGUACCGCACUCAUCCUUCCAAGUUCAAGGCCACAAAACUGAUGGACUCCAUGGAUAUAGUUCUUGCCACUGCCAACAAUCAGAUCAUGAAUCAGAAAGCAUACACAGACGCUUGGAAUAAAGAUAAGCUCAAAGUCCACAUCAUGCCAGACAGUCCUGAGGUCGCUCUGGCAAAAGCUAACGCAGUCAACAUGAGUGAUAAACUCUACAAAGCCAGUAUGGGGGAAUUAGCCAAGAAAGGUUAUAACCUCAAACCAGAUGCCAUCUCAAUUACGGCAGCAAAGGCCUCCAGGAAUAUUGCCAGUGAUUACAGGUACAAGUCAGCCUACAGGCAAGCCAGGGGUAAACACGUAGGCUUCCGUAGCCUGCAAGACGACCCCUUGCUGGUGCACUACAUGCACGUGGCCAAGAUACAAAGCGACAGGAACUACACAAAGGACUAUCACCAGGCCAAGCUGAAGUACCAUGCUCCUGUGGACAUGCUCAGUGUCGUACAGGCCAAACAGGCCUCUGCCGUGGUCUCCAACGCCGGCUAUAGACAGAUAAUCCCAACCAACAAGCUUCUUCCUGAUGCCAUGAGCUUUCAGCUGGCUCGCAAUAUGCAGACUAUUGCAAGUGAUAAUGUGUACAAAAGUGAGUAUGAGAGCUAUAUAAAAGGUAUUGGAUGGAUCCCCAUUGGUUCUUUGGACGUGGAGAAAGCGAAGACGGCAACAGCCAUCUUAAAUGAAAAGCAUUACCGCCAGCACCCCAGCAAAUUCAAGUUCACAAAAGACAUGCAGUCUAUGGAUGUUGCUCUGGCGACAGUCAACAGGCAGAUUGGCAACAAGCAUGCAUAUGUUGAGGCCUGGGAGAAGGACAAGACCAAGGUGCACAUCAUGCCUGAUUCCAUGGAGGUGUCUCUGGCACGACAGAACAAGAUAACCUACAGUGAGAAACAGUACAGACUUGCUAAUGAACUGGCAAAGAAGAAGGGCCACAACCUGCGUGAAGAUGCCAUUCCCAUUCUUGCUGCUAAAGCUUCCAGAGACAUUGCCAGCGAUUACAAAUACAAAACAGGAUACCGUAAGCAAGUUGGACACCAUAUUGGAGCGCGCAGCAUCAAGGACGAUCCCUUGCUCAUGUUGGCCUUGAACUCAGCUAAGAUUGCCAGCGAUGCUCUCUACAAGAAGGACUUCAACCAGUCCAAGACCAAAUUUCACCUUCCAGUGGACAUGCUGGCCUUUGAACUGGCCAAGAAGAACCAGAUUCAAGUCAAUGAUACCAACUAUAGAACUUACCUGCACAAGUGGAUCUGUCUGCCUGACGCCAGUGAUGUUGUGCAUGCUAAACAUGUGUAUGAACUACGAAGUGAUGCUGCAUAUCAGGCGGACCUGAAAUGGCUCAAGGGCUUAGGCUGGGUUCCCAUUGGCUCACUUGAUGUUGAGAAAGUGAAAAAAGCAGCAGAGAUUCUGAGCGAGAAGCUCUACCGCCAGCACCCCAGCAACUUCAAAUUCACCAGCAAGACAGACUCCAUGCCCCUCGUUCUGGCUAAAGCCAAUUCACAAAUUGGCAACAAGUCGUUGUACACUGAAGCAUGGGAAAAAGAUAAGACCAAGGUGCACAUCAUGCCGGACUCAAUGGAAGUAACUCUGGCCCGACAGAAUAAGGUCAUCUACAGUGAGAAAAAAUACAAACUUGCUAAUGAAGAAGCUAAGAAGAAGGGCCACAACCUGCGGGAAGACGCCAUCUCUGUUCUUGCUGCUAAAGCCUCCAGAGACAUUGCCAGUGAUUACAAAUACAAAACAGGAUACCGCAAGCAAGUUGGACACCAUAUUGGAGCGCGCAGCAUCAAGGACGAUCCCUUGCUCAUGUUGGCCUUGAACUCAGCUAAGAUUGCCAGCGAUGCUCUCUACAAGAAGGACUUCAACCAGUCCAAGACCAAAUUCAACCUCCCAGCAGACAUGCUGGCCAUUGAACUGGCCAAGAAGUGCCAGAUUCAGGUCAAUGAUGCCAACUACAGAACUUACCUGCACAACUGGACUUGUCUGCCAGAUGCCAAUGAUGUUGUUCAUGCUAAACAUGUGUAUGAACUGCAGAGUGAUGCUGCAUAUCAGGCGGACCUGAAAUGGCUCAAAGGCUUAGGCUGGGUUCCCAUUGGCUCACUUGAUGUUGAGAAAGUGAAAAAGGCAGCAGAGAUUCUGAGCGAGAAUCUCUACCGCCAGCACCCCAGCAAAUUCAAAUUCACAUGCACAACUGAAGACAUGCCACUGGUUCUGGCUAAAGCCAAUGCACAAAUUGGCAACAAGCGUUUGUACACUGAAGCAUGGGAAAAAGAUAAGACCAAGGUGCACAUCAUGCCAGACACAUUGGAAGUAACUCUGGCCCGACAGAAUAAGGUCAUCUACAGUGAGAAACAGUACAAACUUGCUAAUGAAGAAGCUAAGAAGAAGGGCCACAACCUGCGUGAAGACGCCAUCUCUGUUCUUGCAGCAAAAGCCUCAAGAGACAUUGCCAGUGAUUACAAAUACAAGACAGGAUACCGCAAGCAGGUUGGACACCACAUUGGAGCACGCAGCAUCCAAGAUGACCCGUUGAUGAUGCUGGCUGUGAACUCAGCUAAGAUUGCCAGCGAUGCUCUCUACAAGAAGGACUUCAACAUGUCCAAGACCAAAUUUAACCUCCCAGCAGACAUGCUGACCAUUGAGCUGGCCAAGAAGUGCCAGAUUCAGGUCAAUGAUGCCAACUACAGAACUUACCUGCACAACUGGACUUGCCUGCCAGAUGCCAAUGAUGUUGUUCAUGCUAAACAUGUGUAUGAACUGCAGAGUGAUACUGCAUAUCAAGCAGACCUGAAAUGGCUCAAGGGCUUAGGCUGGGUUCCCAUUGGUUCGCUUGAUGUGGAGAAAGCCAAGAAGGCAGCAGAGAUCCUAAGUGAGAGGAACUACCGCCAGCCCCCCAGCAAUUUCAAGUUCACCAGCAAGACAGACUCCAUGCCCCUCGUUCUGGCUCAAGCCAACAACAAAAUAAUGAAUCAGCGCUUGUACACUGAAGCGUGGGAAAAAGAGAAGACCAAAAUUCACAUCAUGCCAGACACAUUUGAAAUAACUCUGGCACAACAGAACAAGAUCAUCUACAGUGAGAAACUGUACAAACUUGCUAAUGAAGAAGCCAAGAAGAAGGGCCAUAACCUGCGUCAUGAUGCUGUCUCUGUUGUUGCUGCAAAAGCUUCCAGAGACAUUGCCAGUGAUUACAAAUACAAGACAGGUUACCGUAAACAAGUUGGACACCACAUUGGAGCGCGCAGCAUCCAAGAUGACCCGUUGCUGAUGCUGGCUGUGAACUCAGCUAAGAUUGCCAGCGAUGCUCUCUACAAGAAGGACUUCAACAUGUCCAAGACCAAAUUCAACCUCCCAGCAGACAUGCUGACCAUUGAGCUAGCCAAGAAGUGCCAGAUUCAGGUCAAUGAUGCCAACUACAGGACUUACCUGCACAACUGGACCUGCCUGCCUGAUGCUAAUGAUGUGGUCCAGGCCAGGAAAGCCUAUGAUCUGCGCAGUGAUCAUGUCUACAAGGCUGACAUGGAAUGGAUGCGGGGUGUGGGCUGGGUUCCCGCCGGCUCACUGGAAGUGGAGAAAGCCAAAAAGGCAGCAGAGAUCCUGAGUGACAGGGCAUACCGCCAGCACCCCAGCAGUUUCAAGUUCACCAGCAAGACAGACUCCAUGCCCCUUGUUCUGGCUCAAGCCAAUAACAAAAUAAUGGACCAGAGAGCUUACCGUGAGGUCUGGGACAAAGAGAAGAUUAAAGUCCACAUCAUGCCUGACACCCCUGAGAUUAUGCUGUCUAGGCAGAACAAACUCAACAUCAGCCCGAAAUUUUACAAACAGGGUUUUGAAGAGGUUAUUAGGAAUGGCUAUAACCUGCCAGUUGAUGCUGUCGCCUUAAAAGCAGCCAAGGCCUCCAGGGACAUUGCCAGUAAUUACAAGUACCUUACAGGUUAUCGCAAGCAACUUGGCCACCACAUUGGAGCCCUCAGCAUCCAAGAUGACCCCUUGCUUGUGCUGGCCGUGAAUUCGGCUAAGAUUGCCAGUGAUGCUCUGUACAAGAAGGAUUUCAACAAGUCCAAGACUAAAUUCAACCUCCCAGCGGACAUGCUGGCCAUUGAGUUGGCUAAAAAGUGCCAGAUCCAGGUCAACGACGCCAACUACAGGACUUAUCUUCACAACUGGACUUGUCUGCCUGACGCUAAUGAUGUUGUUCAGGCCAGGAAAGUGUAUGACCUGCGCAGUGAUAUUGUCUACAAAGCUGACAUGGAGUGGGUACGGGGAACAGGCUGGGUGCCUGUUGGCUCACUGGAUGUCGAGAAGGCUAAGAAGGCUGCUGAGAUCCUGAAUGAUCGUCUAUAUCGCCAGAAACCACAAACCUUCAAAUACACAAGCGAUAUGCAUGCAAUGCCAAUGGUCUUGGCAAAAGCAAACGCUGAUAUUAUUAGCAAGCAAUUGUAUAAUGCAGCUUGGGAGAAGGACAAGCUCAAAAUUCACCAGAUGCCAGAUCUUCCUGAGAUUGUUCUAUCAAAGGCCAAUGCUGCCAACCUCAGCAAGAAACUUUACCGCCAAGGCUGGGAAGAAGCAAUCAGAAAAGGCCAUGACAUUAAACCCGAUGCCGUAUUCAUCAAAGCUGCCAAGGCCUCCAGAGAUAUCAUCAGUGAUUACAAAUACAAGACAGGGUACCGCGAGCAGGUUGGACACCACAUUGGAGCGCGCAGCAUCCAAGAUGACCCGUUGCUGAUGCUGGCUGUGAACUCAGCUAAGAUUGCCAGCGAUGCUCUCUACAAGAAGGACUUCAACAUGUCCAAGACCAAAUUCAACCUCCCAGCAGACAUGCUGACCAUUGAGCUAGCCAAGAAGUGCCAGAUUCAGGUCAAUGAUGCCAACUACAGAACUUACCUGCACAACUGGACCUGCUUGCCUGACGCUAAUGAUGUGGUCCAAGCCAGGAAAGCCUAUGAUCUGCGCAGUGAUCAUGUCUACAAGGCUGACAUGGAAUGGAUGCGAGGUGUGGGCUGGGUUCCCUCCGGCUCACUGGAAGUGGAGAAAGCCAAGAAAGCAGCAGAGAUCCUGAGUGACAGGGCGUACCGCCAGCACCCCACCAGUUUCAAGUUCACCAGCAAGACUGACGCCAUGCCUUUUGUUCUGGCUCAAGCCAGCAAUCAUUUAAUGAAUCAGAAAGCUUACCGUGAGGUCUGGGAUAAGGAGAAGCUCAACAUCCACAUUAUGCCCGACACACCUGAGAUUUUGCUGGCCCAGCAGAAUAAGUUCAACACCAGCCUGAAACAAUACAAAGAAGGCUUUACUGAUAUUAUCAACAAGGGAUACCACCUACCCAAGGAUGCCGUCUCUGUGCUUGCAGCCAAAACCUCUCGGGACAUCGCCAGUGAUUACAAAUACAAGACUGGAUAUCGCGAGCAGCAGGGACACCAUAUCGGAGCGCUCAGCAUCAAGGACGACCCUUUGAUCAUGAAUGCUGUCAAUGCUGCCAAAAUAUACAGUGACCUCCUGUACAAGCACGAAUUCAACAAGAGCAAGACCAAGUACAACCUCCCAGUAGGCACGCUGUCCUUGGAUAUGGCCAAGCAGUGCCAACGCCAAAUCAAUGAUAUAAUCUACAGGAAUUACCUGCACAACUGGACAUGCCUACCUGACAAUACUGAUUUGGUCCGAGCCAGGAAGGUGUAUGAACUGCAUAGUGAUAUCGCAUAUAAAGCGGACAUGCAGUGGCUACGUGGUUGUGGUUGGAUGCCACAGGGCUCCCUGGAAGUGAACAAGGCCAAGAACGCCCAAGAAAUUCUCAAUGACCGGCUCUAUCGGCAGCCCCCCAGCACCAUCAAAUUCACCAGUGCUGUUGACCUUCCUGCCUUUGUCUUGUCCAAGCAAAAUUCUGAACUCAUCAGUGAUAGGAAAUACAGAGCAAACUGGGAAAAGGACAAGAAUACAAUUCACAUGAAGCCAGACACACCUGCCAUUGAGCUGGCCAAGGCCAAUGCCCUGAGCGUCAGCAACAAAAUGUACACUUAUGCCUGGGACAACCAGAAGGCCAAGGCGUAUCAUAUUAAACAAGAUGCUAUCUCUGUCCUGAGUGCCAAGGCUUCCAGAGACAUUGCCAGUGAUUACAAAUACAAGACAGGAUACCGCAAGCAGGUUGGACACCACAUUGGAGCACGCAGCAUCCAAGAUGACCCGUUGAUGAUGCUGGCUGUGAACUCAGCUAAGAUUGCCAGUGAUGCUCUCUACAAGAAGGACUUCAACAUGUCCAAGACCAAAUUCAAUCUCCCAGCAGACAUGCUGACCAUUGAGUUGGCUAAGAAGUGCCAGAUUCAGGUCAACGACGCCAACUACAGAACUUACCUGCACAACUGGACCUGCCUGCCUGAUGCUAAUGAUGUGGUCCAGGCCAGGAAAGCGUAUGAUCUACAGAGUGAUGCGGUUUACAAGUCAGACAUGGAGUGGCUGAAGGGAAUUGGGUGGGUCCCACAUGAGUCCGUAGAAGUGCUCAAAGUAAAGAAUGCCCAGAGUAUCCUGUCCGAUAGAGGCUACCGAGUCAAACUGGACGAGCAGAAGUUUGUUGCACCUGUCGACAGGAUGGACUUAGUCUGUGCAAAAAACGCUGCGGACGUCCUCAAUGAUGCGAAAUAUCGUGAGAAGUGGCACAAGGACAAAUUGAAGUAUACCAUGCUGGACACCCCUCUGUUCUCAACUGCCAGGGAGGCCGCCAAAAACAUCAAUGAGAAACUGUACAAAAUGGACUGGGACAAAUUGAAGGCCAAAAGCUACUUCAUGCCCCCAGAUGCCGUGGGCAUCCAGCGGUGCACUAAAGCUUCACAAAUGCAGAGUGCUUACAAAUACCAUGAAGGAUACCGCAAGCAAGUUGGACACCACAUUGGAGCACUCAGCAUUAAGGAUGAUCCCUUGCUCAUGUUGGCCUUGAACUCAGCUAAGAUUGCCAGCGAUGCUCUCUACAAGAAGGACUUCAACAUGUCCAAGACUAAAUUCAACCUCCCAGCAGACAUGCUGGCCAUUGAGCUGGCCAAAAAGUGCCAGAUUCAGGUCAAUGAUGACAACUAUAGAACUCGCCUGCACAACUGGACCUGCCUGCCAGACCAGAAUGAUGUCAUCCAGGCCAGGAAAGCCUAUGAUCUCAACAGUGAUGUUGUUUACAAAGCGGACAUGGAGUGGAUUCGUGGCUGUGGCUGGGUAGCAAUGGACUCUGUGGAUCAUGUCAAAGUUCGAAAAGCCCAGGAGCUCGUUAAUAAUAGACAUUACACUAAGGAUGCCAUAGAUAACUUUGGGAAAUUCACCCUCAUUGUGGAUCGUCCAGAAAUUGUCUUAGCCAAGAUCAAUGCUUUCAACCUGAGUGAUCUGAAGUACAAGGAGAGCUUCAACCUGGAGAAGGGUAGAUUCAUUGGGUCUGAAGACACUCCCCAGCUAGCCCACUCAAGGGAGGUGGCAAAGAACCUCAGCGAGAAAGUCUACAAGUCGUUAUGGGAUGGCAGCAAAGCCACAGAUUAUACGCUGGACCAGAAUUACAUCCCUCUGGUGCGAGCCAAACACGGCCGUGAGCUCGCCAGUCAGGUGAAAUACUUGGAUGCUCAUGAGCAUGCCAAAGGCCAUUACAUGGCGCACAUGGCUCAGGACUUCCCCGAGGUGAUGCGGUGCGCAGAUGUGGAGAAGAUGAAACCUAUGAGACACUACACCAAGGACUAUGAGGAUUCGAAGACUAAGCUGCAUAUCCCAUUCGACAUGAUCAGCCACGUGGUGGCCAAGCGCUGCCAGAAUAUUCUGAGUGAUGUGCAGUACCGGACCCGCCUGCACCAGUGGACCUGCCACCCUGAACAAAACGACAUCAUCCGUGCUCGCGCCUCCAAUGAGAUCCUGAGCGAUGUAUUCUACAAAGAUGACCUGAACUGGAUGAAGGGCAUUGGCUGCUAUGUUUGGGAUACACCUGAGAUUCUCAGAGCCAAGAAGUCCUACGAGCUGCAGAGUGAUCUGAAGUACAAAGCCGAGGGAAAGAAGGAAUUCAAUAACUACUCCAUUGUGACGGACACUCCGGUCUACGUCACUGCCAUCCUGGGCCACACCUGGGCCAGUGAUCUGAACUACCGGGAAGCUUACAACAGUGAGAAGCACUUGUACACAACUAUCCUGGACACCUUUGACUACAUGAGAUGCCAUAACCUGAAGUACCUGUACAGCAAUAAAGUUUACACGGACGCCUGGGACAGGGUCAAGUCCAGCGGCUACACGUUGCCUCCAGAUGCCCAUGCCAUGGUCCACGCUAAACAGCUGAAGGUCAUGCAGAGCAACGUGAAGUACCGUGAAGAUUAUGAGAAGUUCAAGUCCCUGUACACUUUGCCCAAAUCCCUGGAGGAAGACCCCAUGACAGCAAGGUGUAUCCGCUCCGGGAAACUAAUCCUUGAUCGUCUGUAUAAAGAGAACUAUGAGAAGAGCAAGGCCAAGAUCCACAUUCCGCCUGACAUGCUGGAUGUAGUGUCUGCCCAUGAUACCCAGAAGAGUGUCAGCGAGAUUGGCUAUCGCACAUACCUGCAUCAGUGGACCUGCCUGCCUGAUAUGCAGAUGAACAUCCAGGCCCGCAAGGUCAAUGAGCAGCUCAGCGACGUCUUUUACAAGGACGACCUGAACUGGCUGAAGGGGAUUGGAUGCUACGUGUGGGACACGCCCGAGAUCCUGCGCUGUAAACACGCCGACAACCUGCAGAGCGAGAAUAAGUACAGAGAGAAGGGGCUGGAACAUUUUAAGAACUACACCGUGGUGAUGGAUACCCCUGUGUAUGAGACCUGCAAGCAGAGCGCAAUAAACCGCAGUGACCAUCAUUACCAUGAAGACUAUGAAACCAAUAUCAAGGGCACGAAUACUGCUCCUGCCGUGACUGUCGACACAGAGAGAGUGCGGCUGGCCAACUACAUUCAGAGUGACUACAUCUACAAAGAGGCCAAUAAGAAGGCCACGCCCACAGGAUACUCCAUCCCUCCGGACACUCCAUUCAUCAAACAGGCCAAGAUCAACAGCACCAUGAGCAGUGAUAUGAAGUACAGGGAAGCGUAUGACCAGAAUAAGGCCAGGGGCUACACGAUCGAUCCCGAUGGUGUCAACUUUGUCAACUACAGGAAGGUCAAUGAGAUCAUCAACCAUCGCCUGUACCGUGAACAGUAUGAAAGGGAGAAGGACAAGAUUCACCCCACCUACGAUACGCCUGAGAUCAAACAGGUCAAGGCAACCCAGGAAGCCGUCAGCGAUCUGUGCUACAAGGAGAAGUACUUCAACAACAGAGGAAACCUCAUUUCCCUGCCUAUCACACCACAGCUGAUGCACUGUUACCACGUCAGCGAGAUCACCAGCGAUAAUAAAUACAAAGAGGACCUGCAGUGGCUGAAGGGCAUUGGCUGCUUCCUAUACAACACCCCUGAGAUGGUGCACGUCCGGAACAUGACCAUGUCAAGGAUUGGAUAUGACACGGAGGCAAAGAAGCUGCAUGCUACCCCCCGCGUGGUGCUGGAAACUCCAGAGUACCAGCGCGUGGCCGAGCUCAAGCAACACUUGAGCAAUCUGGUGUACAGAGCUCAAGCCAAUCAGGAGAAGUCCAAGUGCACCACCACACCAGACAGUGUGGAGAUGCUAAGAGCCAAGUGGGCACAGGAACUGACUAAUAAGUACAUGUACACACAGCUGGCCUCUAAAGAGCGAGCCUUCUUCACGCCUGAGGUGGAAACGCCCACCAUGACGCACUCCCGAUACAUGAAGGGCGUGGUCAGUGAGAACAAAUACAAGAGUCAGUAUGAGAAGCUGAAGCACAGGUACACCACCAUCGCUGACACGCCCCUGCUGGUACGAGCCAAGAAGUCCUACCUGAACGCCAGUGAUCUGCGCUACAAGGAAGCCUUUCAGCGCGCCAGGGGACGCUACCACACAGUGAAGGAUGCACUGGACAUAACCUACCACCGCAGGGUCACAGAUGACAUCAGCGAGGUGAAGUACAGAGAGAAGUACAUCGGCACACUGGGUCUGUGGAGGUCCAUCCCGGACCGGCCCGAGCUGUUCCACCACAGGAUGGUGGGCGACGCCACGAGCGAUGUUAAGUACAAAGAGGACCUGCAGUGGCUGAGGGGUAUUGGGUGCUACGUUUGGGACACCCCUGACCUGCUGCACGCAGAGAAGAAUAAGAAGCUCUACAGUGGGACGCUGUACAAAGAGUCAUUUGAGAAGAACAGAGCAAACUUUAAAUACACAAGUGAUACUCCCUUCUUCCGGACUGCUAAGCACGCCUCCAACCUCGUCGAUCAUAGGGCAUACACAAAUGUCUAUGAGAAGACGAAGGACAAGUACACCAUGGUUCUUGAUGAUCCCAGAAGCCUCCUGGCCAAAGAGGCCAAAGGGAGGAGCCAGUGGAAGUACAGGGAACUGUAUGAGCUCAACAAAGACAAGUUCACAUCUAUACUGGACACGCCCGAACACAAAGUGCACGUGCGCAGCAGACAGGGAAGUGAUAUCAAGUAUAAGAUGGAAUACCACAAGACCAAGGCUAAGGGUUACACCCUGGGCCAUGACACCCCAUUCCAGCUGCACGUGAAGAAAGCUAAAGACAUUCUGAGCAUGCUGAAAUAUAAGGAACUGUAUGAGAAGAACAAAGCUCACAUCAACGUGGACCCAGGGGCAUUUGAAAUCCGCGCUGCAAAAGAGGCCUACACGAACAUCAGCAAUCUUGACUACAAGAGGAAGUAUGAAGCCGCUAAAUGGAAGUGGCACUGGACCAUGGACAGGCCAGACUUUAUUCACGCCUUGAAGACUUCUUUCCAGCAGAGCGAUGUUGAGUACAAGUAUGACAGGGAGAUGCUGAAGGGCUGCAAGCUCUCUGUGCCAGAAGACAAGAUCCUGGCCCUGUGCAAGAAGAACACUCAGCUGACCAGCAUCCUGAAAUAUAAGGAGAAGUUUGAGAAAGCAAAGGGACAGUGCAUACCAGUGCCGGACACUCCCCAGAUCCUCCACGCUAAAUCCGUAUCCUCCCUGUCCUCUGAGACGAAAUACAAACAGGCUAGUAAAAAAGAUCGCCAGCGUGGAUCCUUCACCACCCUGCCCCAGACGCGUGAAACUGCCCAUAGCAAGGCAGUGACCAAGAUUGUGAGCAGGAAUGUGUAUAAGGAGAAAUUUGAGAAGGAGAAAGGCAAGUCCAAGUACAACAGCAUGCUGGCCCCACCAGACGUCAAGCACGCCAUGAACGUCAUGAAGAACCAGAGCAACGUGGCCUACAAGAAGGAUGCAAAGACCAAGCUGCACUACACCCCCGUGGCCGACCGUCCUGACAUCAAGAGGGCCACCCACACGGCCAAGCUUGUCAGUGAGAUUGGCUAUCGUGAAAAGGCCCGCAUGGAAGCACACCGUGGUGGAUCCCUGAAGGAACGCCCCGACAUCACCCUGGCAACCAAGGUGUCCAAGCUGAACAGUGAGGUUGGAGGGGAGCCAUCCCUCCACGGAGUCGCCUCCAUUGACACCCCCCAGAUGCGCCACAUUAAGAAAGUGACUGCCUUGACUAGUAAUCUGAAGUACAAGGAGAAGUUUGACAAAGAGAUGAAGGGAAAGAGGCCGCAGUAUGACCUGAAGAGCAGUAUGGUGUAUGAGACCAUGAAGGGGGCUAACGUUCUAGCAAGUGAGGUGAUAUAUAAGGGUGAUCUGAAGAAGAUGCACAAGCCGGUAACGGAUAUGGCUGAGUCCCUGUCUAUGCAGCACAACCUGAGCACCAGCAAGCUGUCUAGUGAUGUGAAGUAUAAGGAGAGGUAUGUGAAGGAGAGGGGCAAGGCCAUGCUGGACUUUGAGACACCCACCUAUGUGUCGGCCAAGGAGGCCCAGCAUAUGCAAAGCGAGAAAGAGUACAAGAAGGCACUUGAACUGGAGAUCAAGGGCAAGGGAAUGUUGGCUUUGGCGACGGACACUCCAGACUUGCUGAGGGCAAGAAAUGCUACAGACAUCCUCAGUCAGACAAAGUACAAGCAGACGGCUGUGCAGGAACGUGCAAGCUACACCUCCGUCAUCGACACCCCGGAUAUCAUCCACGCCCAGCAGAUGAAGAAAAUCGUCAGCCAGAAAAAGUACAAGGAGGAGGCUGAGAAGACCAUGUCCCACUAUGUUCCAGUUCUGGAUACUCCAGAGAUGCUGAGGGUCCGUGAGAACCAGAGGAACUUCAGCACUGUGUUUUAUAAGGACGUUUCUGCCAGGGGCACCCCUGUGGUGUUCACUCCAGAGAUGGAGAGGGUCAAGCGCAUCCAGGAACACAUUAGCUCGGUGUUUUAUAAGGACGUUUCUGCCAGGGGCACCCCUGUGGUGUUCACUCCAGAGAUGGAGAGGGUCAAGCGCAUCCAGAGGCACAUUAGCUCGGUGUUGUAUAAGGACGCUUCUGCCAAGGGCACCCCCGUGGUGUUCACUCCAGAGAUGGAGAGGGUCAAGCGGACCCAGGAGAACAUUAGCUCGGUGCUGUAUUCAGACAGCUUCCGUAAGCAAGUCCAGGGGAAGGCUUCCUUUGUCCUGGAUACGCCCGAGAUGAGGCGUGUGAAGGAUUCCCAGCGCAUAAUCUCUGGAGUGAAGUACCACCAGGAAUUUGAAAAGACCAAAGGCAGCUUCACCCCAGUGGUGUCUGAUCUUGUGACUGAGCGCGUUAAGAAGAACACACAGGACUUCAGCGACAUCAACUACCGCGGCAUCCAGAGGCGUGUGGUAGAGAUGGAGAGGAGAAGGACCAUAGAGCACGACCAGGAGACCACCACAGACCUGCGUGUGUGGCGCACUAACCCUGGCUCUGUCUUUGACUACGACCCUGCUGAGGACAACAUCCAGUCCAGGAGUCUGCACAUGAUGUCAGUCCAGGUGCAGCGCCGCAGCAAGGAGCACUCCCGCUCCACCAGUGCCAUGAGCGCUGGGGACGAGAAGUCAGAACUCUCUGAGAAUCUGGACCAUCGCCUGUCCCUGUACAGUGAGGGCUUCGGCGUCUCCUCCACAGGCUACACACAGACCAAGACUGUGGAGCUGCAGCAGCGCUCCUCCUCUGUGGCCACCCAGCAGACCGCUGUGUCCUCCGUCCCCUCCCAGCCCUCCACCACCGGGAAAACUGUCCGCGCCAUGUAUGACUACAUGGCCGCAGAUAAGGAUGAGGUGUCCUUCAAGGAUGGUGACGUCAUUCUGAAUGUGCAAUCCAUUGAUGAGGGCUGGAUGUACGGCACUGUGCAACGAACCGGCAAGACAGGCAUGCUGCCAGCCAAUUAUGUGGAGGCCAUCUAAAAACAAGUCCUGCCCCUCUCCCCACCCCACCCUCUCCCCCCAGAGUGGGUAUGGCACACAUCCACAGAGUAAAAAGCUUGCCGCUUAUAAACCAUCUUGGGUAGUUAGUUAAGAUGGACUAUGUAGAUUCAUUUAAUGGGUAGUGUUUCAUGCUGCAUUGUAAUGUGACAGGACAGUAUAGGGAUGCCGUGCAGUAAAAUAUUCCGGCAUGUUUAUCAAAUGCCACUUCGUUAACCUGUUUGUUUUCCUUCCUCCGUGUAGAUGAUGGGACACUAAUGAAUAACUUAUAUAUAUAUAUAUCCCAUCUGUUGUAGAAUACAUACAUCCAAACCGAGAAAGUGAGAAAAGGCCUGUAAUUUUGUAUAUGAAACCAUUUACAGGCACCACAUUCAGUACUGGUGUAAUGAAACUGAAUUUUAGUUUUCAAACACUUACACACACACACAAAGGGAUGGUUUCAACUGCUGUACACAAACUUUUCUAUGCUUUCCUUUUGAAAGGAGGACUAAUAGAACCAAUAUCAAACAAAACUCUGAAACAAAAAUGAAACAUAGCACUGAAAAUGAAAACUGAAAAUGUGAAAAGAAGACAAAGAGCUGGCAGAUCUUGAGAAGUCAAACCAGGGCAGAAAAGUUAAGAGGAGCCUCUUCCCUCCAUUGCUGAAUGCUGGUCACUAGUGCAUGUGUGUUUGGGCCUGGGGGGUAGAAGGAAGCCAUGUAACCAGAAGCAGUAGCUAAUAAAGCACACUGAGUUGCCGCAGCACUUGAUCUCCCAUGUCUGAUCUAUCA